AUGAGCCAUCGGAUGGGUGCUGUGUUUUCCGGCCCGUCCUCACCUACGAUCCAUGCCAGCGGAGAUGGCCUCCAGGGCGAUGUGCACCCGGCACAUGGCGCCCUGCCCCCGCCCGCCCUGACAAGAGCAUUGAAGGAGUCCCUGAAGAGCGCCGACGAGUCCGGUGCUUCCCCCAGGAACUCCCCCAAUGGGCCCCCGAACACAUCUGCCCCGACGAGUGGACUCCCCAACGGCGUGCAGUACGACUCGCCCUACUCGCGCAGUCUCGCAUCCACAGCCCCAGCCUCACCGCGGAUCCCACCCGCCCGCCAAAAUUCCGGGAGCCACACGCCCAGGAUACGCCCACAUGCGACGACGCUCAACAUCCCGGGGAUGACCCGCUCCAAGGCGUCUCCGGAUGGCCGCAUCCCUGACCGGGACGUGGCCGCCAAGCUGGUCAUCAUCAUGGUUGGCCUGCCAGCCCGCGGGAAGUCGUACAUCACCAAGAAGAUCCAGCGCUACCUGUCUUGGCAGCAGCACAACACCAAGAUCUUCAACGUCGGUAACCGCCGGAGAAUUGCCGCGGGCAUGGCCAACCCCGGCGAUGCCUCGCCUACCCUCGACCCCAGCAAGCAGCAGGACGUGCCCAGCCAAGCGGCCACCAUUCUGUCCAAGGGCUCCGCGGGCCCCGACAUUGUGGUGGAGGACGAGCCGACGCAGCUAGACCUGAACAAGACCAAGUCAGGCGGCGAGAAGAUGGACCAGUCGGCCAAGUUCUUUGACCCCAAGAACGAGGCGGCUGCGAAGCUGCGUGAGCAGGUGGCCCUGGACACGCUGGAUGAGUUGCUUGCGUAUCUUUUGCACCAAGGCGGUUCCGUGGGCAUUCUCGACGCCACAAACAGCACCAUUCAGCGGCGACAGCUGCUUGUGAACCACAUCCGGGCGAGAGAGCCGAAGCUGGGCAUUCUGUUUAUUGAGAGUGUCUGCCACGACCAAAAUCUUCUCGAGGCAAACAUGCGUCUCAAGUUGUCCGGGCCGGACUACAAGGGUAAGGACCCGUACAAGGCCUUGGAAGACUUCAAGGAGCGAGUCAAGGCCUACGAGAGCGCGUACGAGCCGCUAGGAGAAUGGGAAGAGAAAAACGACCUCCAAUACAUCCAGAUGAUUGAUGUGGGGAGGAAAAUCGUGCAGCAUCGCCUCAAAGGGUUUCUCAGCGGCGGUAUUGUCUCGUAUCUCAGCACUUUCAACCUGUCGCCACGUCAGAUCUGGAUCACACGUCACGGGCAGAGUGAAGACAAUAGGAUGCAGAAGCUGGGCGGAGAUUCUGAUCUGACAGAGCGGGGUCACUUUUACGGGCAGGCGCUGUACAAUUUCAUCACCUACAAACGCAAAGAGUGGCUUGCCCAUCAGAAGAGCCGGCUUGCAGCCGCCAACUUCCCACCGCACCCGGGCGACAACACGCCCCCGUACCCGGAGCUGAACCAAGAACUCGACGACAAGAACUUUUGCGUCUGGACAUCGACGCUCAAGCGCAGCAUGGAAACAGCCGAGUACUUCGAGGCGGACGACGACUACGACGUCAAGGCGUGGGAGAUGCUCAAGGAGCUCAACGCGGGCGACUUUGAGGGCAUGACAUACGAGGAAAUCGCCAAAAAAUACCCGGAAGAGUACGGCAAACGCGCCAAGGACAAACUCCAGUACACCUACCCGGGUGUUGGCGGCGAGGGGUACCUCAAGAUCAUCAGCCGGCUGCGCGACAUGGUGCGCGAGAUGGAGCGCAUUACCGACCACGUGCUUGUCAUCGGGCACCGGUCCAUCUGCCGCGUGCUGAUGGCCUAUUUCAUGGAUCUCACCCGCGACGACAUUGCGGAUCUCGACCUGCCCCUCGGUAUCCUGUAUGCCAUUGAACCCAAGCCUUAUGGGAUUGAGUUCCAUGCCUACCGGUACAACGAGGAGACGUUCACUUUCGACGAGCUCCCCGAUUACAAGCCCCGCAAGACGGUCGACCGGAACUCGUGA